GAGCAUCUGGAUGAGGAUGGCAGCUAGCAGCUGGUCUGCGCGUCGGCACUAACACCAUCGUCCUCGUGAAGCUCGAUGACAGGACCACUGAAAUCCUCCUAAGUAGACAACCACAGAAGAAGCGAAGGAUGGACCCAAUCUCUAUGAUGGGCAGCAGCAGGAGCCCUUUGUUCCUCACAGCCUCCUCCUCCAACCACCACAGACACGCGCAGGCCUGUUUCCUCCCCAACGGCACAAAGAGAGGAGUUGGAGACCCAGAGUCUGUCUGUUUGCCUUCCCAUUCCACAGUGGCCAUCCUGGGCUCAGGUGACUUCUCCAAGUGCCUGACCAUCCGCCUGCUGCGCUGUGGCUUCCGUGUGGUGGUGGGCAGCCGGCAUCCCAAACUCGCGGCUCAGUCAUUUCCUCACGUGGUGGAUGUGACACAGCAUGAAGAUGCUGUUGGGAAGGCCAGCAUUGUGUUCCUGGCAAUCCGCCGUGAGCACUACUCGGUCCUGUGGGACCUUAAGCAUCUACUGGAGGGCAAGAUCCUGGUGGAUGUGAGUAACAACAGGAGGGUGAACCAGUAUCCAGAGUCUAACGCUGAGUAUCUUGCUUCACUGCUGCCAGACUCCAUCGCGGUCAAAGGCUUCAACGUCAUCUCAGCCUGGGCAAUGCAGCAGAGCUGCCCCAAAGACGCCAGCACACAGGUGUUCAUCUGCAGUGACUCGGUGGAGGCUCGACAGCAGAUUAUGGAAUUAGCCCGCCAGCUCAAUUUCCUGCCAGUGGAUAUGGGCACCCUGUCUUCCUCGCGGUAUAUUGAGAACAUUCCAAUACAGUUGUUUUCUGGCUGGAAGGGCCCCGUCCUUGCUUCCGUAGCCCUCUCCAUCUUCUUUUUUGCUUACUCUUUUAUACAAGAUAUCAUCCACCCAUAUGUGAAAUACAAGCAGAGUGACUUCUACAAGAUCCCCAUAGAGAUGGUGAACCGCACACUGCCCACUGUUGCCAUCACUCUCUUGGCCCUGGUGUACCUGGCAGGCCAGCUGGCAGCCGCCCACCAGCUCUACUAUGGUACCAAAUACAGGCAUUUCCCACACUGGCUGGAGGGCUGGCUGCAGAGCCGGAAACAGCUGGGUCUCCUCAGCUUCUUCCUGGCUGCUGUUCAUGUUGUCUACAGCCUCUGUCUGCCCAUGAGGAGGUCUGAGAGGUACCUGCUGCUCAACACUGCCUACCAGCAGGUCCAUGCUAAUGUGGAGAAUGCGUGGAAUGAGGAGGAGGUGUGGAGGGUGGAGAUGUACGUUUCCUUUGGGAUCAUGAGUCUUGGGCUGCUGUCGCUCCUGGCCAUCACCUCCAUCCCCUCUGUCCACAGCACACUCAACUGGAGGGAGUUCAGCUUCAUACAGUCCACACUGGGCUACAUCGCUCUGCUCAUCGCUACCUUCCACGGCCUGCUGUUCGGCUGGAAGCGAGCCUUUGAGGAGGAAGCCUACCAUUUUUACCUGCCCCCCAGCUUCGUGGUGGCCCUGGCCCUGCCAGUGUGUGUCAUACUGGGGAAGGUGCUGAUGCUGCUCCCCUGUGUGGCCCGCAAGCUCCACCAGAUCCGCCGGGGCCUAGACAGCAGUCACUACCGCUGCCAGCGCCUGGAACCAGUGGGCUCUGCUGCCCACGUCUCCCCUGAGAGAGUCACCAUCAUGUGA